AUGCCCCUUCCUCUUCAUCAGCAGCCCUUGUCCGGCAGGCUGGCACCUGCUGGCACCUCCGUCCCCUGGCUGUGGCUCUUGACGCUCCUUCCCCAUGCCUGGGCACUGCCCGUCCAGAGCAGCGGCUUCCAGGAGGUGGUGCCAAUCUGGACCGCAUCGCCUCCGGAGGGCGAAGGGCACCUCGCCUUCUCCGUGGCUGCCUUCGGGAAGGCGUUUGCGCUGCAGCUGGUGCCCGAUGCCAGCUUCUUGGCGCCUCGCCUGAAGAUCCAGCACGUCGGCAGGGGAGAGCCCGAGGGUGCCCUCGCAGAGGAGGAUGCCGGCACGGUGCGGAGGUGCUUUUACUCCGGGACCGUGAACGGGCAGCCGGACUCCCUGGUGGCCCUCAGCCUGUGCCAGGGCAUCCACGGCUCCUUCUUGGCCGACGGCGACAAAUACCUGAUCCAGCCCCGAGGGAACCGCGGCGGAGACCCCCUGCGGCAAGCCCACCAGCUCCAGAAGCAGGGAUGGGUAAAAGAGGGAGCGCAGGACGUCCCGAAAGGAGAGGCCCAGGGGGGACCCCACACUGCUGGAAGCAGGGCCAAGAGGUUCACCUCUGAGGCUCGCUAUGUGGAGACCCUGCUGGUAGCCGACGCAUCCAUGGUCCGCUUCUAUGGGGACGAGCUCAAGAAUCAUAUACUCACCCUGAUGUCGGUGGCUGCUCAGAUCUACAAGCAUCCCAGCCUUAAGAACUCCAUCAAUUUGGUAGUGGUGAAGGUGUUGGUGGUGGAAGACAAGAAGGCUGGGCCGGAAGUGUCUGACAACGGAGGGCUCAUGCUUCGGAACUUCUGCAACUGGCAACAGCAAUUCAACCCUUUGAGUGACCGUCACCCAGAACAUUACGACACGGCAAUACUUCUGACCAGACAGGACUUUUGUGGACACCAGAGCUGCAGUACCCUUGGAGUGGCUGAGACCGGCACCAUGUGUGAUCGAAACAAAAGCUGUUCUGUGAUUGAAGAUGAGGGACUCCAGGCCGCCUACACCUUAUCCCAUGAACUAGGGCAUGUCCUCAGCAUGCCCCACGAUGACUCGAAGACCUGUGAGAGGCUCUUUGGCCACUUAGGGAAGCAUCACAUGAUGGCGCCACUCUUUAUCCAUUUAAACAAGACUCUGCCUUGGUCCCCUUGCAGUGCCAUGUACAUCACGGAAUUUCUGGACGGAGGGCAUGGUGACUGUCUGCUCGACGAACCCGCCAAACCCAUCGCCUUCCCCACAGACCUUCCUGGCCAAAUGCCCUUGUACAACCUGGAUCAUCAGUGCCAGCAGAUCUUCGGCAAGGAGUUCCAGCACUGCCCGAACACCACUCGCGAGGACAUCUGCUCCCAGCUCUGGUGCACGCUGGAGGCUGGGGAGCGCCUUUGCCAGACCAAAAGUGGCAGCUUGCCCUGGGCAGACGGGACGCCCUGCGGAGCAGGCAAGAUGUGUUUGGACGGGCGCUGCAUGGCACAAGACACAGUGACGCGCCAGCCUGCGGUGGAUGGAAACUGGGGUUCCUGGAGCCCAUGGGGGCCAUGUUCCAGAACAUGUGAUGGAGGAGUGCAUUUCUCCUACAGAGACUGUGAUGACCCCAUGCCUAGAAAUGGAGGGAAAUACUGCGAGGGCCAAAGGAUCAAAUAUCAGUCAUGCCGCACAGAGGAAUGCCCACCUAAUGACAAGAGUUUUCGAGAGGAGCAGUGUGAGAAGUACAACAGCAACCACACGGAGCUGAAUGGGAACGGGCAGGAGUGGGUCCCCAUGUACUCGGGGGUGUCGCCUCGUGAUCGCUGCAAACUGUUCUGCCGGGCUAAACGGGGGAACGAAUUCAAAGUGUUUGAGACAAAAGUGAUAGACGGGACACUCUGCGGACCUGAGACCCUCUCUGUUUGCGUACACGGCCAGUGCAUCAAAGCUGGCUGCGACCACAUCAUCGGGUCGCCCAAGAAGUUAGACAAGUGUGGGGUUUGUGGCGGCGACAGCUCAACUUGCAGGAAAAUAUCUGGCUCACUCAACAAAUCCAAGUUUGGGUAUAAUGACAUAGUCACAAUCCCCGCUGGAGCAACCAAUAUUGAUAUCAAGCAGCGAAGCCACCGUGGGGUGAGACAUGACGGCAACUAUUUGGCUUUGAAGACCCUGGAUGGCAAAUACCUCCUGAAUGGAGACUAUGCCAUUUCAGCCAUGGAGCAAGACAUUUUGGUGAAGGGGGUCAUUCUCAAGUACAGUGGCUCCCUGACCACCGUGGAACGCCUCCAGAGUUUCCGGCAGCUCCCGGAACCCCUCGUCAUACAGCUGUUGACAGUUUCCAGUGAGAUGUUCCCUCCCAAGGUGUUUCCUCCCAAAGUGAAGUACACCUUCUUUAUCCCUAAGGAUGUCCACUAUAGCAAGCAGAAGAACAAGGAGAAGAGCACGUCCAAUGUCAUCAAACCCAUGUUGACCUCGCAGUGGGUUCUGGGCGACUGGUCCGAGUGUUCCAAAUCCUGUGGCUCCGGCUGGCAGAGACGAACAGUGGAAUGCAUGGAUGUGGAAGGGCAGGCUUCGUCAACCUGCGACAAGGCCCUCAAGCCUGAGGAUAUCAAGCCCUGCAGCGAUCUCCCGUGCCCCAUCUGGCAACUGGGUUCUUGGUCCCCCUGUUCCCGAACGUGUGGAGAGGGCAUGCGGACCCGGAGCGCCUUGUGCAUUGACUACGUGGGGAAAAUCACGGCCUCGGAGAAAUGCGGGUCCCCGCGACCGCCAUCGGCAACGACUGUUUGCAUGCUGCAGCAAGCGUGCUGA